CCCCGCGGCACCGCCGAGGCUGCGAGCGCGGCGCCCGCCCAGCGCCCGCCGGGACGAGGAGGCUGGAUGAGGACUUGCGUCCCGGGGCGUUCGGCAGCCCCUCGGGCAUGCGGCGGGCUGCGAGGACUCUGCCCUGCCCUGGAGCCGAGCGGGGACAUCAGGAAUACAGCUGCCUUCAGAUGAUACAGAGCUCACUGACAGUUGCUCUUGCUCCAAUCCUACUUCAUGAGAACUUCAGAAGAUACUAACUGAGGUCUGCAGGUGGCUUGGACUGCUCUCUGCGAUUUGGGCACCCAAACGUAGAUUUUGAUUCCUUAAGUGACAGUUGAAGGACAUUUGAGGGACAUUUCUGCAGAUGGUACGUGAACAAUACACUACAACAACACCAGGCACUAGCCUAGAGAGGCCAAAGAAUGAAUAUGUCUACAAAAUUGGAAUUUAUGGUUGGAGAAAACGUUGCCUCUACCUGUUUGUUCUACUCCUGCUAAUCAUCCUAGUUGUGAAUUUUUCUUUGACAAUUUGGAUUCUUAAAGUGAUGUGGUUUUCUCCAGCAGACAUUUAUUGCUGGAAGAGGGACAUACCACCAGGCCCAUCAGGAGUUUUUUGGAUCUUUUUGGUCUUGAGGGACUCGGUACUUUUACUGUCCUCUGGAAGAAAUGGAAGGACCUUUCCAGAUCUUGUGGACAUACUGGACAUCUCUAUUGGCUUUUUGGAGAACACAACUGCUUCCCUAUUAUUUCAGACUGGAAUGGGACAUCUACGUGUUACGAAAGAAGGCCUUCGUCUGGAAGGGGAAUCUGAAUUCUUAUUCCCACUUUAUGCCAAAGAAAUUCAUUCUCGAGUGGACUCAUCGCUGCUUCUUCAGUCUACUCACAAUGUGACUGUGAAUGCUCGCAAUUCUAAUGGAGAAGUCACAGGCAGAUUAAACGUGGGUCCUAAAAUGGUAGAAUUCCACGGCCAGCAAUUUCAGAUCAACUCUAAGGAUGGCAAGCCACUUUUUACAGUGGAUGAAAAUGAGGUUGUCAUUGGCACAGAUAAACUUCGAGUCACAGGGCCUGAAGGAGCACUUUUUGAACACUCUGUAGAAACACCACUCGUGAAGGCAGAAGCUUUUAAACAGCUAAGGCUGGAGUCGCCAACUCGGUCUCUGAGCAUGGAUGCUCCAAGAGGCAUUAACAUCAAAGCGCAAGCGGGGAAUAUUGAAGCUCUUUCCCAGAUGGACAUCAAACUGCACAGCAGUGAUGGUGUGCUUUUGCUUGAUGCAGAAACGGUGAGACUGCCUAAGCUGCCCGAGGGUACAAGAGGAGGACCUGGUGUGUCCCAGGGACUGUAUGAAAUCUGCGUUUGCCCAGAUGGAAAACUUUACUUGUCGGUGGCUGGCUUGGGUUCCACAUGCCAGGAGUACAGCCGCGUCUGCCAAUGAAGCACCACAACAGGCAACACACGCCCUCGCAAUUCCCAGUUUUAUAUUAACGCUAAAGAGCAUCGACUGAAAGUGGAAUUUUCAGCAUUUUAAAAACAAAGUACUGCUGUUUAGGAAACAAACCUGUGUCUGCAACUCUGGAUUACAGGGUGAUGGGAGAAGAAGAGCACAAUUGGCAUUUCAACUUCAGAAGAGUAACUUGACUCUGAUGAUACAUUCUGGCAGUCACACCUUGAAAACAGCCUGACAGACAGCAUAAGGAACAAUAAAAGGAGUGUUUUCUUGCUGAACUAUUAUUCAGUCAGACGAUUAUGUAAUUGCUAAUAUUUUUGAGCUCUGUGGGUUUUUUCUCUCACUACAUGUAAACACUUACUGCAUUAGUGGGUUACAUUAAAUUGAGUGAACUACUUGAACUCUUUGAUAAGACAAAGCAUUAUUUGGGGGAAUUCGGGCAGUGCCAGCAAAAGGUCUAUGCAAUUUUGUUCUUGCAAUAACACAAAAUAUGAAAGAUGUGCUAUUUGUAUAAGUCUUGUGUAAAAGGUAUUAAUUUGUUGAUAGCUUUCUAUUUUAAUUUGGCAACAUACGUGCUGAUUUGCUUAUUACUAAGAUUCACUAACCAAUGCAAAAGUUCCAGGAGUUAUUUACACCUUCCUGUGUCUUCAAAGUUUUUCACUGAAGUAUGUCAGUAUAUUUUAUAAUAGCAAUAGUUGUACUGGCUGUACCAUCACACUCAAUUUAAAACGCCUUUUUAAUUUUAGGACAUACUAAUUCAACAAGGCAAAUUGCUCUGCCAGCUCGGCAGAAAUAAUCCUUAAUGUGGCUCCAGUUUGUCUGCUGCAAGGAAUCGUUUGGGAGGUGGGGGAAAAAAAUCCUUUUGCAGCCCACGGGAUUCAGUUAUGAGGACUAUUCCAUUUCCAUCUGCAGCUGUUGACUGAUAUCUCUGAUGCUGUCAGAGUGGGACUCCACCACAAAUGGGGAGAGUAAAACUACUCUUUUUUUUUUUUUUUUUUUUUUUUACAUUAGGACUUUAGGUAUCAAGUAAAUGCUCACCAGAGAUGAGAAACCAUUUAUUGACCUUGGAGAGAAACAAGACUGCAGACUCAUUCCCCUGUACGGUGUUGCACUGAGCACUAAUAAAUUGUUUGCACACCUCCA